AUGCAGGGUAUGACACCCAAGGUCGAACUCAACAAGGCCAGUCUGGAUCAUGCACGAAAGCUCCUGAUACAGAUGUUGAAUGACGCUGGAGUACCGCACGCGUCCAGUUGGGAAAAGGCCUUGAUCCCGAUCUUACGACAGUGUACAGAUGACGUCAAUCCUGAUGUGGAUAGAGGAGAUGACAUCGACGUGAGGAACUACAUCAAGUUGAAAAAGAUCCCGGGUGGUAAGCCAAAGGACACCGCAUACGUAUCGGGAGUGGUCUUUACCAAGAACGUUGCCCUGCGGAGUAUGCCGCGCAAUAUACCCAACCCAAGAAUCGCCAUCAUCACUUUCGCUAUUGAGUAUGCGCGACACCAAACACACUUCAUGAGCCUCGAGCCCGUCAUUGCCCAGGAGCGGGAAUACCUUCGUAACCUCGUAAGUCGUAUCACAGCUCUCCAACCUCACGUCCUGCUCGUACAACGUAAUGUGUCUGGCUUGGCACUCGAAUUCCUGGAGAAAGAGGGAAUCGCCGUAGUCUACAACGUCAAGCCUACAGUACUGAACGCCGUCGCGCGAUGCACAAAUUCGAAAAUGAUCUCAUCCGUCGACAAGUUGGCCAUAGACCCAACCCAUCUUGGGUCUUGCGGCAGGUUUGAUGUCAAGACCUAUGUGCACAAGAAUGCGAGGAAAACCUACAUAUUUUUGUCUGGGUGUCAGAAAGAACUCGGCUGCACAAUUGUUCUACGAGGUGCCGAGAGUCAUAACCUGGUCAGGUUGAAACGCGUUACUGAGUUCAUGACAUAUGUUGUGUACAACCUUCGGCUCGAGACUUGCCUGAUGCGCGACGAAUUCAUAGAUACACCAACAGCUUCUAUUACUGGUACUCUCGCCUUGGACCGCCAAGACCAAGACGGCUCACAUACUCAAAGCGGUGGGGACGAUACCGCUUCCCAUCCUACUAACGCGCUGCAUGAUGGAAACGACCUGCGAUCUAGCGAUGCUGCACCCUCCUACUAUAGCGAUAUGGUUGAAAACCACCGAACAAAGAUCCUCUCUUCUUCGCCAUUCGUCAAGUUCAUGCAACCUUAUCUGCUCGAACAGGCCCGCCAAUACGAAGCAAAGCUUGGCCAUCUGAAGAAGCUCAAGAACCAGUACACUGCUGAUGAAAGUGACGAAAAGCCCGGUGAAAUUGGCCAGAAGUUCGAACUCGUACAGCCCGAGAUGGUCCACACCGUGGUGGAGAAGGCUUCAAAGCAAGUUCGGGAAUUCCUAUCUGCAGUGCAUGCCUCAGAAUACGACAAGGCAUUGAAUCAGUACCUGACACAAAAGCGACAAUGGGAGCAGUAUCUCUCGGGUAACACGGAUCUUUACGACCCGUUCAACCACCAGAAGAUCGCCGUACUCUACAGUGUUGUCAAUACUGUAACCUCGACUCCCUGCAUUGGCCCAGAAAUCAUUGCGCUUGGCUUUUACCAAGAACAUGAUUAUGAUGACGGCUUCACGCCAGACUGCACAUUAGGCCAAUACGUGGAAGACCUGUGCACUUCAGCCAGUGUCGCCUGUGAAGUGGGCAAUUGCGACCGGAGAAUGCUCGAUCAUUCUCGGCAAUAUGUGCAUGGAGAAGGUCAAAUGACGGUCAUUGUCCAGAAGCACCCACCGAAGCUGAAAGGCAUGUAUCAAACCAUUCUCAUGUGGAGCUGUUGCAGAAUAUGUGGCCAGGAAACCCAAGCUUUUCCUAUGUCGGAGUGGAGUUGGAGAUACUCUUUUGCCAAAUACCUCGAGUUGACUUUCUGGAGUACCAAACUGCAUCCACGAGCGGGUAUAUGUCCCCACGACAUUCACAAGGACCACGUCCGCUACUUCGGCUACAGCAAUGUUGCUCUGCGUAUCCAGUAUGACCCCGUACCGAUGUACGAGGUCAUCGCUCCCAAGCCGAACGUGACCUGGAAAGUGGAUAGCGACCUAAGGUUGAAGAAUAGCCAAUAUCUGAUGAUCGAGGAGAAGUUGGACUGCUUCAUGGACUCGCUUCGCGCUCGUAUCCAGGGGAUACAUGUCGAAGAUGUCAUUCCAGAGAAGGUGGAUGUUUGCCGCAAGGAAGUUGAGAUACUUCUAAAACGCGCGAACGAGGAACACGAGUGGCUGAAAUCCAAACUCCAAGACAAGUACAUGAACUCCAAAUACUACGAGAUCAUCCCCAUGAAUCGCGCCAUUCGCGCCAUUCAGGAAAAGGCAAUCGCCUGGGAUGUGACUUUUCUGGAGUUUGAACAGCAGUUCUUCCCGUCCGAGCGAGAUAUCAGGAGGUAUGCGAACAUGCAAUUGAAGAGAUUCUUGGAGCGGGAUGAGUCUACGAGCUCUUUGGCAUCCGUGGACGAGGGCGGGGAAUCAGGUGCGGACGAUUCGUACAUCGAUGAGAAGGAUGAGUCGAUUGCGUUAUCGCCGAGGCCAUCUAAUCUGUCACCAGAAAUGGCCCGCGACAUGUUGAGCUCCGUUGUCAAAGAAGAGAGUUCGACUAGCGAUCAGCCUGUGGACGGGGGAGAACAGACGUCUGGACCCACCACGCCCCCUCUGACCAAGCCUAGUUCAGAUUUGCCAAUCCAGACCCCGCGGGAGGCACUUGAGCGAGAAGACGUCCGUCAUUUGGAUCUUGCAGUGCCCUCCAACUAUCCUGAGACACCUGCAGUCGGCAACGAAGAACUCACCAAGACACCAACUGUUGCUUCUGAUCCUAACAAGUACGACGAAGGGUCGCCUACACCUACCAGUCUUCCGAGGGUAAAUCCGAUUGAUAAGUCGCUUGCUGAAGCGAUUGAGAACAUGCCGAGUAGCCCAUCACCAUUGCCGUCAGCUUCGAACAUCACAGCUGAAAGCAAAAUUCCGCGGCUGGUCGAGCCCGGUCGACGUGAGACGCCGGCCCGGCCAACAGCACUUGUGAGAACACAAUCUCAGCCUGGAAAUAUUGCUAAACAUAUCGGCCCUUUCCCAGGCUCAUCGGUCUCCAACAACGGGCCCACUAGUCCGAAGCCAAACUCCAACGACUCUACAAAGGCUUUUGAGCGUAUGACAGAACGACUUGGGCUAGGGCUGUCUACCCCAAAGCAAUCCAAGUCUUCAUCUCGCAUACCUCGGUCGAUACCUUACAAGAGCCAAAACAAGGUAUCGAAGAUUGCGCAGCAUUUCGAACAGCUGUCACGAGAAUUUCAGAACCAGCGUAUGCGCGAGAGACGUAAUGAUAGAGCUAGGCAAGUGCGCGCGUUCCCACUCGCCUCCUCUAAGCCGGUUGUUGAGGUGUACAAAAACGUUCAUGACGCUGUACAAGAGAAUGAAGAUUCUGAUGAAGAUCUGCGUACUCCAACUCCUCCCCGGGCGAGUCUAGACAACAGUACACUUGGCGACAGCACUUUCACAGAGCACACAGGUGAUACAACAGCGUCACAAUCGCCGGUGGAGAGGCGACACCCUCAUGAUGAAAUGGCCCAACUUCCCAGCAGCGAUGAGUCACCCAAGUCGCCAAGCCACUUCCCAUCAGAUCCCGAGAAUGACAUCAGUGAUACGGAGACGACGCCAGAAGACAUUCCUCUACCGGAGAGCCUCGCGGGCUCUCAACUUCUGAGUCUAAGUGACUCGCAGCUGGAAAACUCUCUUGAGCUCCCCAAACACGAGAAGAACACACUACUCAAGAUUCUUACCAGUUUCUGGUCCGAACGAUCAGCAAGUGGAUGGACGCCGCUUGAGUAUCCAUUCUCACAGAUCGAGCACGUCUGGGAGAACUCGGAUAUCAUCAUCCGGGAAGACGAACCCAGUUCCAUUAUUGCAUUGGCGCUGUCGUGUCCAGAUUAUGUUGCCAAACGACAAACCUUCCGCGAUUUUACUUCAAGUGAUGGCGUUAUGGAAACGUUUGAAGAGUCAGUCGAACGAAAUCUGCUGCAUGAAGAAAACCACAACAUCCGCUACAGUUUCACCAAUCGUGGGGUAAAGGCGCACUGCAAGAUUUUCUACGCCCAAUCUUUCGACGCACUCCGCCGCAAAUGUGGUGUGGCAGAACGUUUCGUGGAGUCCCUCUCCCGCUGUUCGAAAUGGGAUUCCAAGGGCGGGAAGUCCAAGUCAAUCUUUUUGAAGACCCUCGACGACCGAUUUGUCCUGAAGUCACUCUCUCCAGUCGAAGUUCAAGCAUUCUUCAAGUUCGGCCCCAACUACUUUGCCUUUACGCACCAGAAUCUCUUCAAGUCGCUACCCAGCGUCAUCGCUAAGAUGUUUGGCCUUUUCCAAGUCCAGAUCAAGACACCCACCGGUCGUGACUUUGACUGGUACAUGCUUGUUAUGGAGAACCUAUUCUACGAUCGCGAACCGAAUCGCCGCUACGAUCUCAAGGGCAGUAUGCGCAAUCGCAAGAUCCAAGCCACUGGCGAACGAGAUGAAGUUCUUCUCGACGAGAAUCUUGUUGACAUCAUCUACUCUGAGACACCCAUCUUCGUCCGUGAGCACACCAAGAAGUUGCUCAAAGCAAGUGUGUUCAACGAUACGCUUUUCCUAUCACAGAACAACGUUAUGGACUACUCUCUCAUGGCAGGCUUCGACGACACACAACGCGAGAUCAUCGUAGGCAUUAUCGACUGCAUUCGCACCUACACCUGGGACAAGAAGCUAGAGAGUUGGAUCAAGGACCGCGGCAAGAACAAGCCUACAAUCACGUCGCCGCGUGACUACAGGAACAGAUUUAGGAUUGCGAUGGAAAAGUACAUCCUCCAAGCGCCCAAUUGCUGGCAUCAAUUCAGUGGUAGGCUCGUUGGACAGAGCGUCGAUGGACGAAGGGCGCUGGUUGAGGGCAGAAGCAGUAUGGAGGCCGGGCACAAGAGGGGCGUCAGCGGUAGUAGUGCGGCAGGAUCGAGUACGGUAAUGGACAUGGGACGCACGUUGGCGUACGGUGAUGGCCGUAAUGCUCGCAGGGCAUGA